UCUCCAGGGUAGGACCAAGAACACACAGACCCACCAGGAGCAGCUAAGAGCCUUUCCACUGCCAGCUCAUGAACAGGGUCAACAAGGUCCUCCGAAUUGUCAGGAGACCCUCUCGAAGGAAGCGACGAGAGAACACCAGGGCAGGUGAGGAUGAGGAAGAUGAAGGGGACCAAGACAGCCAAGAUGACACUUGUGAUGAAGGCUUGUGCAGCUUGAGUCUGUGUGUCAGCGACGACGGCCCGUAUUCGAAAGGCAGCAAAGAUCCGACGGGCAACGAUGUUGCUUUGGUGUCCCGGCGUCAGAGUAUUCCAGAUGAAUUUCGGGGAGUCACCAUUGUGGAGCUCAUCAAGAAAGAAGGAAGCACGCUGGGCCUGACCAUCUCAGGGGGCACGGAUAAAGAUGGCAAACCUCGAGUAUCCAAUCUGAGGCCGGGGGGCUUGGCAGCAAGGAGUGACCAGCUGAAUAUCGGUGAUUAUAUAAAGUCGGUGAAUGGCAUCAACUUGACAAAACUCCGCCACGAAGAGAUAAUCAGUUUGCUGAAGAACGUUGGGGAGAGAGUUGUCCUGGAGGUGGAGUACGAGUUACCGCCAACCACUCCGGAUAACACUUUAGCCAUCAUCCCAAAGACGUUGGAGAUCACACUCUGCAAAGAGGGCAACAGUUUCGGCUUCGUCAUGAGAGGGGGUGCACAAGACGACUGGCACAAGUCCAGACCUUUCGUCAUAACCUACGUGAGGCCGGGAGGACCAGCGGAUAGGGAGGGAACCUUGAAAGUUGGUGACCGGAUCUUGUGCGUGGACGGAAUCUCCCUUCACAAUGUCCCCCUCUCAGAUGCCCUUACCAUCCUCCGGCAGUGCAGCCAGGAGGCCGUCUUCCAGAUCGAAUAUGAGGUCGCCCUCAUGGACACUGUGACAAAUGCAUCAGGACCCCUACUGGUGGAAAUUGCCAAAACACCAGGCUCCACAUUGGGCAUCUCGCUGAGCACGAGCACUCAUCGGAACAAGCAGGUGAUAAUCAUCGACAAGGUUAAGCCAGCCAGCGUGGCGGACAGGUGCGGAGCGCUGCACCCCGGAGAUCACAUCCUGUCCAUUGACGGCACCAGCACAGAGCAUUGCACGGUGAUGGAAGCUGCGCAGCUCCUGGCCAGCACCAUGGAGAACGUGAAGCUGGAGAUCCUGCCCGUCCAUCACAGUCGGCUGUCUCUCCGGCCGCCAGAGACCGUUAAGGUGCAGAAGAGCGAACACCACCACUGCUGGGACCCCUGUGUGAACUACUGCCAUACCCACCUCCCUGGGCACUGCAAGACCCCCACCUGGAACCCUCCUUCUAAUCAAGACUACUGCAAGUCGUUGGUUGCCACCAAUUUCUCCUCCUCGUCAUCAGCAGGCACUCCCGGCUUUAGUAGCAGCCAAAACUCCAACACCCUUCCCCGUACUGCCCACCAGAUGAGCCCAAGGACGACGAUGACUAGGAGACGGCAGCGGAGAAAGGACCACAAGAGUUCCCUGUCCCUUUCUUCUAGCACGGUGGGUCCCGGUGGUCAGAUCAUACACACGGAGACCACAGAGAUAGUCCUGCGGGGAGACCCCUUAAACGGCUUUGGGAUUCAGCUGCAGGGAGGGAUAUUCGCAACAGAGACGCUGUCAUCGCCCCCGCUAAUAAGAUUCAUCGAGCCGGACAGCCCAGCCGAAAGGUGUGGUCUCCUGCAGGUUGGGGAUCGGUUGCUCUCCAUCAACGGGAUCCUGACAGAAGAUGGGACGCUGGAAGAGGCCAAUCAGCUCCUUCGAGAUGCAGCCUUGUCCAAUAAGGUCGUGCUGGAGAUUGAAUACGACGUUGCAGAGUCCGUGGUUCCGAGCAGUGGUACGUUUCACGUCAAGCUGCCAAAGAAGAGAGGAGUGGAGCUGGGCAUCACAAUCAGCUCCAGCAGAAAACCAGGAGAGCCUCUAAUAAUCUCUGACAUCAAGAAGGGCAGUGUGGCGCACAGGACUGGCACCUUGGAGCCGGGUGACAAGCUGUUGGCCAUCGAUAACAUCCGUCUUGACAACUGCUCCAUGGAGGACGCUGUGCAGAUCCUGCGGCAGUGCGAGGAGCUGGUCAAACUGAAGAUUCGCAAGGAUGAGGACAACUCUGAUGAGCAGGAGACGACGGGGGCCAUUAUAUACACGGUGGAGCUGAAGAGAUACGGGGGUCCCCUGGGAAUUACAAUCUCGGGGACCGAAGAGCCAUUUGAUCCCAUUGUCAUUUCUGGUCUCACCAAAAGAGGGCUGGCGGAGAGGACUGGAGCCAUUCAUAUUGGGGACCGCAUUCUCGCCAUUAACAAUGCCAGCCUGAAAGGGAAGCCGCUGAGUGAGGCGAUUCAUUUGCUGCAGAUGGCGGGAGAGACGGUGACACUCAAAAUAAAGAAGCAGGCAGAGCGGCCUCUCUCGCAAAAGCUCUCCGAUGGAGUGAAUGAAGGAAGCGACCCGGAAGAUGACCUGACAGACUCACAGAAGACCAGCAAGCUGUCGGAAAUCUACUCCACCACAAUCCCCAGCGUGGACAGCGCCCUCGAGUCGUGGGACGGCUCUGGCAUUGAGACGGGAUAUAGCAGUCAGGGGAACUUCAUACAUCAGGCUGUGGGUCUCUCUCUGCACCCACAUGAGUGGAGAACCAGUCGGCAGAAGAUGAGCACGCCACCGGUGGAGCACAGGAAAAGCUACCCCUUCCUGGAUGGGAGCUUCAACGAGGAGGAGUGGGACAAGCCAACCCGAUACCCCAGCCAACCCAACGGCCUGGAGACCGAGCAUGACGAUGGCUUCUGGCGGGUCUUCGGAGAAGCUUUGGAAGAUCUGGAGACCUGCGGACAGUCUGAGCUUUUGAGAGAGAUUGAGGCAUCCAUCAUGACUGGCAGUGUACAAAGUUUGGGUCUGGAUGGCAGUAAACUGUUACAUGAGAACUCCAAUCAGAGUAGCCGCUUCCUGCACCGGAAGGCAGGCUCGCACCACUCUAGAAACACCCCCAAGAAAGACGGCAAGCUCAGCCAAGACCCGAAAAUCCUGAAAGACGAAGGACAAGGCAUUUGCUCCAGCGCCGAGUUGCUCAAGGUGACUGUUAUGAAGGACUUGGAGACGGAAGACUUUGGGUUCAGCGUCUCAGACGGCCUUCUAGAGAAAGGUGUGUACGUGAACAUGAUCCGACCUGGUGGUCCGGGAGACAGGAGCGGUCUCCAGCCUUACGAUCGGAUCCUGCAGGUAAACCACGUGCGCACUCGAGAUUUUGACUGUUGCCUGGCCGUGCCUCUUCUGUCCGACGCUGGGGACAGGCUGGAUCUAGUCAUCAGUCGGAACCCUUCAGCAGGGGGUGCUCGGGAAGACGCCAUAAAACGCCAAACUAGCAUGGAAUCCAAAAUGAGCACGAAAACCCUCUGAGAAAAUGUGACAAAUUAUGACAGCCCCCCCCA